AUGCUCCUCGUUGAAUUGCUGAAGGUCUGGUGCAAAGACAAAGCUAUUGAGCAUUACGGCCAUGGACAUCUCAGCCUUCUAGGUGCAGGUCUAGUGAUGACAGACGAGAUGAUAAACCGAAUUGUUGAUUUUGCUGAAAAGUUCAAAACAAGUGACAACCUGGAGCAAGAGCUACACGACUGGAGGGAUGUUACAUGGUACGCUACACAAAUCCUCCAUCUCCUUGCUAGCUAUCAUUCUUCCCUACCACUGCCUGCUCUGUCUGCUCUGCCGCCGCUGCCACCGCCUAAUGAUCACACUGAGGUCACAGUCAAUGUUACCCCUGCUCAAAGCAAGACUCAAGCGCUGCCUCGUUGCAGCGCAUGCAGAGUCACUGGUUACUACACCCACCUAGAAAAUCCUGUUAAUGUUGCAGUGCGCGUUUGUGGUCUCACUGCGUCUGUUGCCUCCGUGAGCAAUAAUCCCUCAUGUGAGGCCACAAUGAAUACCUCCAUGAACAGCAACCCUCUGCGCGAAGCUGCGACAGACACUUUCAUGAACAGCAACUCCCUAGGCAAAGCUGCAGCAGACCCUUCCAUGAACAACAAUCCCACACACAAAGCUGCAGGAAACGCUUCCAUGAACAGCAACUUCAUGCACGAGGCUGCACUUGAAUCACUCACAGUACAGCAUCUUGUUGCUGCUUCUGCUAUUCCCGCUGUUGACUCAGUGUGCUUGGCAACCUAUGCUAUCACAGCGGCACGACCUUCUGUGCCCACCCCACUGAACUGCUCAUCUAGUGGCAUCUUACCGGAACUGCAGGCUGACUUGCAUGAUGCUCUUGCUAGCAGGAUACCCCAUGCAUUUCUCACACUCUCAUCUUUUACCAACUCUCUUAUCACAUUGUCUGGCAGAGCCCUCACUGAAACAUGCCUCGGCUCUUAUGCUGCAUAUAUGCCGUCACCAUUCAUCACUGCUGAGUCAUUUGCAGUCAUUGCACCCUUGCCAACUUCACUGCCAUUGGCCCAGUUAUUCACCGCUCAACAUUGA